AUUGUCUUUGGGAGAGGGGGAGGGAGGGGGAAGCUCCCCAGUUUAUGGAAGUGCUUUUUUCAAAAAUACCUAACCCUCUAAAGCUGUGUGUUUCAGACAGAACGCUGGUAAUGGUUGGGUAUUUAUUUAGUGUUGGUUUUUUUGAAUGCUGAAGUAUUUCCUCUUUCUGUUUCACCUCUUGUUAUGCUGAACUUACCCUAAUUUUACAUCUUACAUAUAGACAUUAUGGAUAAUGUUCACCUGAGUCUCACAGCUAUGCUGCUCCUUUACUUUAAUUGUUCUGGAUCAGUGGGAACCAAGCAGCUUCUUAAUACACAUCGCCAUACAGCCUGCUGGUGGGAUGAGAAGUUCGUAGUGAAUUGCUCUUUCAUGGGACUAGGUGCUAUUCCAGAAGAUAUAUCACUACCAGCGGUAACAGCUGAUUUAAGUUACAACAACAUCAAAACUUUCCUGUGCACCACUGGGAGAAAUGAAGACUGGAUGCUGAAACAUCUGAAUCUCAGUAACAACCUGAUUUCUGAAAUCUCCAUAACUGCUUUUAGAAAUUUACCAAUGUUGGAAACUCUAAACCUCAAUGGUAACUCCAUCAGCACCCUCACACUGGACCCACCUACACCUGCACAUGGGUCUAAAACAUUUGGAGAAAUCCACCAUUUCCUGCCUGCCUUGAAAGUACUGUCAGCUGGAAGGAAUAACCUCCAUGCAAUUCCAACAGGGCUAGGACUUCUGCAGUCUUUACAAACUGUCCAUUUGUCAUUCAAUGGCAUACUGCAAAUUGAUCUGAAUGAUUUUCACAACUGUUCGCAGCUGAAAAAUAUCUACUUGCAAAACAACAGGAUAGCAAACAUUCAUCCUGACGCCUUCAAGGAUCUCAACAAACUACAGGUCGUGGACCUCCGUGAAAACCCUCUGACAACCAUUCUACCUCACCUAUUAAUCAAUUUGAACAUCUUUCAACUCAAAGUGGAUUUGUUCAACAAUUCCUGGAUAUGUAACUACAGACUUCGUGCUUUGAAACAUCUACUCCAUUUUCUUUCUGCCUCCAUGAGAAAAAAGCUGAUUACAUCGUGCAGUAAAACUGCCACCAGCUCACAAAAGCCUCUGCUAUAUCUUUCAAGUUUCCACCUGAACUGCAGUGACAGUGUUUUGUCCAGGACAGCUGUGGUCCCACUGAGGGAGACAUCAGUGCUGCGCUGCAGCAUGGGUGACACACUGGGUAAUGGAGUCUCGUGGUGGACACCUAAAGGCAGAAUUUCAGAGGAAAGCAGUCUUCCUCAUCUGACACUAGAUAAAAUUAAUAAUUUAGUAAUACACAAUGCUGAGAAAAGUGAUGAAGGGUUAUAUAUGUGUACUUUUAAUGCAACAAGGAAGAAGUAUCUCAUCUACAAUGUACAGGUAAAAGAAAAGGUUCCAGCACCUCUGGUUAGAAAAACUCGGGACACCAAUCCAGGUGGUGUUAGAGCAGGAGGAACGCAGCAGGACCUGACGCUGGCUGUAUGCCUCUCGGUGUUCAUUACAUUUCUCUGUGCCUUCUGCCUGGGCGUCCUGGCCAGGCCCUGCCUCGCACGCUUGUGGAUGCGCAUGUGCAGGAACAAAGCCCCAGCUCCAGAACACAUCUACGCUAACUAUGCUUUUUCAGAUGAAACUCCAAGCAGAAAGCACUCCGUGAGCAAACCAAUGAACACACAGCAUAAUACAUUAGUUUUUUAUGAUAAUUCUUCAAGAAGCACACAUGCUUCUCCUACAGGAACUACUCAGUUGUAUGAAGAUGUCAUUGGUGGCACUGGACGCACACCAAGUACUGAGGAGUUCCCAAAACAAAGCAAUAAUGAGAUUAACGUAAAAAACAAUACGGUGUCUUCCAACACCAAAACUCAUAGCAGUGAUGCCAUGUACGUAAACACUGGACAGCUUACUGCAAGGAUGGAUUACGAGAGCAGCAAUGAAGUAACACCAAGGAAAUUAACGGGGAACAGCUUGUCACCAUGGAAAGACCCAAAGUACACAAACAGCACAGACUCAGAGCAGAGCAGAGUCCCCCCCAUGCCCAGCAGACACAACACUGGCUCUCACUCAGUUCACAUGGAUCCUGCAGACACAAAUUUACCCUGCACAGGAGAUGCUGGCUUCCCACUUCCCACAGUGCAACCCCAAACCAGUGUGCAAUAUUCCAGGGACAAUGAGGUGGGCAACAGCUCUGGUCAGCAGCAGUCAGAGGCAACACCUGAAUACAAAGGGAACAUUUUACACCAUGAACCUAUAAGCUCUACAAAAUUUAUGCCUGGAAGGCAAAGCUGUGAUAGAGAAUUUGGUCUAAAUAGCAACGUAAAUACAAACAGUGACGUGGGAAAUCUUAUUUUACCCAUCAGCUCUAAGAGAGAUGCAAAUAUUGAGAACUUAAGCAUUCACCAAAAAACUGAGAACACACCUCAUAUAGAGCACAGCUGUAAAAGAGAUUGUAGAAACGAGAAAGGUAAUUUUGCAGAUUUCUUUGGUGACAGUUCUUCAGAUGAAGGGAUUCCAUUCACGAUGAGUGACUGCAGCUCCUUAGAAGACUUUGACCUGGAACAACCCAGCGUUAGCAGCAACUUGCCAGCUCCUCUGUCAUCACUGGAGAAAGCUGAAACAAAUGGAAUCGGUAAUUUCUCAGCGCCGCUAGAAUCCCUGAGCAUUGCUGCAGAACUUCGGUGUAUUGGAAAAAAUGGAGAUAAGCACAGUGCAUAUUUUCGAACCACUACUGAUUAUGGGUCAGACACCAUCAUGCCUGAAGCAGCAUCAGUUCAUGCUGCCAAACGCAGUGAUCAUGUAAGCACGUCAGGAUCAGACUCAAUUAGUUCAAGUCCAGAAGUUCCUGAUGCAUUUGACUAUUUUAUCAAAGAGUCAACAGCACAAAACUCAAUUUCUGAUUCUCCCUACAAGCACAACACAGACUUCAGCAACACAUCACUUUCAUUAAAACAUUCUCCUACAUAUGCACCAGGUACCGAAAAUACUCCUGAAGAUGCUGAGCUGCAGCCACACCGGUUUUCUUUUCAACUACAGCACCUCCUCAGACACAGCCCCACAGAACAGAAGGAACAUGCACCAGACAUAAGCACAGAGCAGCUCACAGAUGAGAGCUCCUCUGAAAGCGACCGUUGGGAAGGGGACACUGCUCUGAGAUGGAACACGAACACAUCUGAGAACGAUCAUUUUGUUUGUACUCCUCUUGAUACUGGUUUGAAUGCAACUGUUAACGAAGCACCUCUCCCGCAUGCCAGCACAGCCAGCAACAAGUCACCUCAUCCAUCCUUAUCUGAAAACACAACUGAAAAACCUUCUACGGCCAUUACGGAGAAAGAGUCGUUACUACAGGAUGAGCACAUUAAUUCAGCCAGAACUCAUGAAGAUAAAACAAAAAGAGGUUUCAGUGAAGAAUGUGAUGAAUACAGGGAAUUACAGGACAGCAACAACUGUAGCUUUUCUGACAAAAUGCAAUCAUGCAGUGUUAUGACAAAAUUGCACCUUGAAUCUCCUGGGAAAACACAGUCAGUCUUCAACAUAGAAAAUUAUUUCCAGUUGGAUCCAAGUGAAGAGAAUGUGCAUUCCUCACCAGUCCCACUCAGCUCCCUGAGCAGAAGCACACAGCACAGCUCAGUUCUGUUCCCACAAAAGACUGCAGGAAACAAAACCUGCCCAACAACUGAUCCCAGUGAGCUGGAGGGUGACACUUCUUUGACAGCACCAGAGAGCAGUUCUACAACACCUGCCAGCCUCCCAGAUUCCAGUGAAAAACACUGUCAAAAAGCUCAGACCAGUUUAGGACAGGGCCAGCUUUUCAUUAAGAAGAAAAGAGCAUUUGAUGGAUUUGCUAAUAUUUUGCAAAGUAGGAGAGCAGACUCUGACGGUUGAGACACAGCAGCACACUGCUAACCUCCUACAGGUGCAAAGUGACUGCGUCUUAGAAGGAAGUUAUGGGGUUUUUUGCUUAUCUUUGCUCAGUACAGCUAUCUGCCUUUAACUUCAGACAUGCAGGUCAUGGAACUAGACCUGCCCUGUGUGAUGUGUAAAGCAUGGAUUCAUCUAAUUACUCAUCUAAUUCAGAAAAAUCUUACUCCAAAGGGCAACUCAGGCUGACAUAGAUAUUUGUAUACAUACAAGUCAGAUACCAUAAACUUGUACUUGCAACUCUAGGAUACCUGAAUGAGUAAAUUCCUCAGUAGUUAUGUUAGCUAAUAAACCUUUAGCUGAGGUCUAGUAAUAUACUUGCUUACUUUUGGUACUGAAAUAUUAGUUUCCUUUGCAAAUUCUAACACGCACAGUUUUAUGUCAAAAAUAAAUGUAACACUGAAAUUAUUAUUACAUCAUUACUAUUAUUGUAUGUUUGCUACAGGAAUCACCCUAUAUGUGAAAUAAAUAUAUUACCACCUUCUGCUUCUGUGAAACAAUUUCUGGAUUACAAUUCUCUGAAUUUCCCCAGCUUUGCAAUAUUACAUAAAAUCUAAGCAAUAUUCAAAUGCUGUAUUCCUGGGAUUUGAAUUCAUUGCAAAAAACAGAAACAGUACAUUUAGAUAGAGGGGCAGAGGUUACUCUACCCUCAUUAAAGACAAUGAAGACUACUUUACCAAUGCCUUUAACUUCUGAGAACUAUUAAAUAAAUGUUCUACAUAAAGAGAAAGCACUGCUUGGCUGCUUUCGUCAAGAAAAACUUCAAACUGAAAGUAAAAAAAAAAAGACAUAGAUAACAAUUUGGGUAAAGCAAAUUACUUAUAGGUCACAGAAGGCAACAGUAGCCACAGCAACUUUGGAAUACAUUAAGACAAUGUAGAUUUGCUCUUUAUGUCAUGCACUGACUGACCUUAGGUUGUACCAGCUGCUAACACACUAAGACAGACAUCUAACCACACAAGUGAGCCAAUUUCGUGGAUCAUGGCAAAAAAAAA